GCUUGGUACCAAGACACCAUCAGGGUGUCAAGCCAACAAACUAGACUUGGUAGCCAAGCAAGAGGUUACCAAGCCGACAAGACAAACUUGGUAUCCCUAGAUUAUCAAGACCAAGUAUAGAACCUCGAGGGUGGAGACUUGCCAGCCAAGGGACCAAGCCAACAUGGCGAUAAGGUACCAACUUGAUGAUAUCUAAAAACUAAGUAUGGAGACUAGGCCGACAUGGCUGGCUUGGUAGAAGGGGGUAUUAAUCCAGAGAGAUAACAAGGUACCAAGUUGGGAUGAACUUGUUUGCAAGUUGUUGAGAAUGGCUUACCAACAAGGCAAGGUGACAGGGUAUCAAGCCGAUAAGAUGGGUUUGAUACCAAGAUGUCAAGUUGGUGCCAUGACAAGCUCUCUAAGAUUAAGUGUGGAGACUUGGUGGGGAAAGAGUCCAAGUUCUCAUCCUGUCUAGGUGGGUAACAAGGCCUAGCUAACAAGUCGAGGAUGGCAAGCUGAGAGGCGGGAUAGGUAACAAGACGAGAUGGUACUAAGUCGGCAACAAAGAAGCUAAAUGCAGGGUCGUUGAGGAGGCCUGAUGAGAGGACCAAUGUUUUGGAGGCAAGACAUGGAGACCCCAACCCCAUCUAGUCAGGACGAGGCGGUAAGAUGGAGUUCAACUCUACUCAUCAAGCCUGAUGUCAAGCCACCCAGAUGACAGUUACUAACCGAUCACCAAGGCAACAAUGAGGACCCUGAGGCGGUUUGGAGCAACAAGCUAGCUAGCAUUUACCAAGGCGGUUAUCUAGAAAAUUACACGUAGUGGCUAUAAAUAGGAGAAACUAAAUUUGAAAACGGGUUCCACAACCAACCAUUUGACACACAAUGUCAAACGUUAUCUUUUCUCUGCAAAUUAGCUAUAGCCUUAGUUUUCGGAGCUCGCACUGUACCUCCAUAGGAGUAGGUGUAAUUAACGUAGUUUGUUCCCAAGAAAACCAUCAAACACCCUCGUUCGAACAUUGUUUGGAGAGGUGUGAACCGUGUUUAGAAUCGUUGUUCAAAAAGUCAAAUGUGCAUUUAUUGAGUUCAAACACAAGAGUUUUCCUCGCCAGAAAACAUCGACUUAAUGACUUAAACCGGUUUAACAACUUUGUUCUAGUGCUAAAUCGUAUUGAUCUCUAAUCCAAAAUACAGCCGACAUUAUUGACUCUUCUCUCAUGGACAUUGUCCUAUACUAGUAAUUCCAAAUUUGUAUAAUACGUGGUUUGAUUGGGAAUUUUUUUUUAUGAUCGAUUAAAUUGUGUCUAUGUACACCUUCCCCAUAUUGUUUAUUCAUAUCUAAUCCAAGAGAAAAAAAAUGUGGAGAGACGCUCUCGCCUCUCUCAUGGAUUUCUACCACUUCGUCGGACGCUCCUUCCUAUCGUUCUUAGUGGCGAUAUUGCAGGCGGCCAUUACAAAUCAAGAUGGGGCAAGGAGAUACAGAUCCACCACAGCUCGUCACGGCGGCGGUCAACCCUCUGCCAGGAAGGCGGUGUUGACACCUGUUUUGGUAUGCUCGCCGAAAAUUUGCCCGGGGGAAUGCAACCGAGCGGGACAACCCCAAAAAAGGGAGGGUUCUCAAACGAAGACGACUGUUCUCCGAUGAUGGAAACCCUGACUCAGAACAUCUUUGACUCGCUAAGACACAACUCCUAACAAUGGCCAAGUGUAACCAAUGAAAGGGACUGCAGUAUAGUGUCUCAAGUAAUAAAUAUCGAAUCCACGGGUCUCUAGAGUUACUAUUACUCAACUUCAGUUCAUUAUCUAGCAAACCAGAUUAAGAUGAAAGAACUAAAACUACUCUAUCAAACUACAAUUAAAGUUAAUAUAAUUACAGGUUGGGAACUCACUUAGGUAUGAUUCCCCCUAGCCACUAGCCAGAUUAACUAUUGAUGAUCUCUAACUUGUUUCACUUUCAUCCACAAUGCGGAGAAUCCUUGACUAGACCUUGAGACUCGACUAAAGGAACAAGGCCCUCUUGAGUCAAUUGCCAAGAGGGAUGUACCCUUCUCUAGCACAACCGAUCAAGGCGUUCUGAACUAGACUCCCUCUAUCGAAAGAGGCUCUCAAUCGAUACAAAGCAGUGAAUCAACCCUCGACUAAAGCAAUCGAUCCAAUACUAUCAAUCUAUGGUGCUCUAUUGACCUAAUCAGGUAUUCGCUCUCAUAGGAUCAAAGCAGAAUCAAUAAUCUCGACUAAAGCAGAAUUGAAUCA